AUGCCACCCAUAACCACCCCCGGCCACGAAUCACAUGGUGGAUGCGCCUCCGCCGAUUCAUCUACACUUUCGAGACACCGCUCCACCUCCGCGGAAUUUCCUCCGUCUCAGUCACCGACACCAGUAUCCUAUCCUCGCACUACUGUGCCUCUUUGUCCCCCUCCCAACAUGGCAUUUCCCUGUCCCAGAACCCAUACCCCUAGAAGCUAUGCUCAACAAUGUCUCCUCCUGGAGUCCCGCAUGGCCUCCGAAGAUCUUACUAACAUGCUUUCUGUCCCCAUCUGGCGCGCAAGAGAUACCCCUAUCCGGUCCAUGUACCGUCUCUACGAGGCCAUGGCUGCGGGCGAGUACUACGCUAUACGCCCAGAGGUCGAGUAUUUUUGGUACCAACGGUCAUGGAUCCUCAGCCGCGUGCCAGAUCCGAGGGAUUACGACCCUGUCCGAUACGCGAUCCUAGCGUCUAUCGCAGAGGAGCUUGCUAAGGCGAUUAAUUGGCGGCUAAGUCUAGGGAUGCGGCGUGAUAAACGCAAGCAUAUCUACCGUAAAACUCUCGAGGAUGUGCUUCCUCCGUAUACGCCGGAAACUGCACCGUCUUGGACCAAACGCGUCCCUCCAAUUGAUGUUGAAUUGAUCACAGAUUUACCGGAUGCGCUGGACUCAUCCGGUAGACUAGUGCUUGAAGCAGGCGGAAAGAGUCCCGCCUUUGCAGAGAGAAAUAUCGUUACUGAUAGUGGUCACUUUUAUACAGUUUAG